GGUUGCCGUCUAGUGAGCGCUGGAGCGGAACGGCGGAACUCCGCUGAAAAUGUGAUAUUUUCGGAGUUAGGUUUAAAGUGCUGUGGAUUGUUCGAAGUGGAAGACAGCGCGGACAGCAACUAUCGGUCAUGAUCAAAGACAGGAUAUCAGCGCUGAAAGCGGCCCAGGCAGACGAAGAUGACUUGGACGGAGAUGUGGCUGUCACGCUGGAGACUCCUCCCACAUUUAUGGAGGAGUUCUUUGCAGAGGUGGAAGAGGUUGGGCAGAACAUUGAAAAGAUAGAAAAGAUAGUGCUUGAAAUGAAGAGGAAGCAUAGUGCAAUACUGUCGUCGCCACUCCAGGACGAAAAAAUGAAACAGGACUUGGAGGAACUGAUGGCAGAUGUUAAGAGAAUUGCGAAUAAAGUGAGAAUGAAGCUGAAAAUGAUGCAACAAAAUAUUGACCAAGAGGACCAAUUAAUCGGGAACAGAUCGGCUGAGCUCAGGAUACGAAAAACACAGCAUUCGACACUUUCUCGCAAGUUUGUCGAAGUCAUGACAGAGUACAACAAGAUCCAAAAUGACUACCGUGAGCGGUGUAAGGACCGCAUCAGGCGACAGCUGGAGAUCACGGGGAAAAUGACAACAGACGAAGAAAUUGAAGAGAUGCUGGAAAGUGGAAAUCCAGCCAUAUUCACUCAGGGAAUUGUGAUGGAGACACAGAAGGCCAGGCAGACACUGGCCGAAAUCGAAGCCCGCCACCACGACAUCAUCAAGCUGGAGAAGAGCAUCCGGGAGCUUCACGACAUGUUUAUGGACAUGGCCAUGCUGGUGGAAAGCCAGGGAGAAAUGGUGGAUCGCAUUGAGUACCACGUGAAGAAUGCUGCAGCCUAUGUUGACACUGCCACUCAGGAGACACGACGAGCUGUUCGUUAUCAGAGCAAGGCACGCAAGAAGAAAAUAAUAAUCCUAGUCCUGAUUGUGGUCAUCGUCAUCAUCCUGGCCAUAAUCAUAUUCGUCUCUGUCCGGAGAUGAAAGAAACGGAAAGGACAGCGACAUCUCUUUCUCGUGCACCAAAAUCCUUGACAGAAUCCGAAAUACGCAGCGCAUUUCUCAUUGCAAUAGGCAGCGAGGCCCUGGCUUAUGUGCCCCACAUGGCAAGGCUGCAAUCUGACAAGAUGAGCCUGCCACAUAUAUUUAGAAAUGUUCCGCUGGUUUUACUGUUGCUUCCUUGAUAUAUAUUGUUAGUCAUCUUUGUAUUUUAGAACAUGUAUAGGUUGUGCCAACUAUGGCGAUAGACUCCGGUGAAAGCACAAGCAGUGAACUCUCUCGGUCGCCAUGGACAGGUGCCAUGGACUAUUUAACUAUUAUACUGGCACCUGUACUGACUAUACACUGGUACCUGGUGCCAGCUUGGGCCUGCAUGUUAGUUAUGCAGCGUGCACUUUGCAAUGUAGAUAACUGAGGGCAUAGUGUUGUGAUGUUGCGUAUGAUGUGCCAUCAUUUCUUUGUUUGCUUGUUUGCAAAUGGAAAGUUAAAGAAUGAAAAUAUAUAGCACAAGAGCAUUGAAAAGGCUAGCUCACAACCUCGUCACAUGUUUGCAUCCCUUUCGAAUGAAUCUGAACUGUCCUACUGACAUCACCAGUAAGGACGGUGAAAGUCUCACGGCUAGUCAAUAGUCAAGAUGUGUUUUGACCUGGACGUGCAUGCCCCUAGCUGUGCUGUAGUGUUGAGCAUGUCUUAACGGGCAUUGCCCCUGCAUAUUGCGAGAGGCCAGGCGCCAGUCACCUUGCUGGAUAUUUUUUUACAACCUGUGUAGCCUUUCUGUAUAUUUGACCGCAGCAGAUAGAACGAACACACUGUGAUGUGUAGUUUCUUUCUUUUUUUUUGUGGAGAUAAUUUUGUUCAGCAAAAUGCAUGUGUUGUGACCGCAGUAACAUGCCGCUUGUAAAAGUAAACUUGCUCUUUGAUUGCAGCACUUCUGCUAUCAUUAGGUCCGUUCAAUUCACCUGCGCCACUGAGAACCAGUUCACGGCGGUUGACGAGAAGUUAAAAAAUUGUGCAGUUCGAUUUCUGCGGUGCAGGCACAACGUGACACUCAAAACGAAUGUCAAGGUGCAGACGCGGUGCAGGCAUUAUGUUUUGUCCAAGUAAUGUGCACGGAUUGCGUAAGUUUGAGAAAUCCUGAACUGCUUGUCUAAUCAGCUCCUGAGGCAUAUAUACACCCGUGCUUGCUUAAACACAGCAGAUGCAGGUAAGCGGGUUUGUAAUGGUGCUUGCAUAUGUGUGCUGUGUAGUCUGCUGCACUGCUGCUUCGCACCUAAACUCUGCACCAACAGAAGAAAGGGUGCAGCAAAAUCGUGAACCGCCCCUGCACCUCUCUGGCGCCAUUGCUGCACCACUGAAACGAAUGGCAGGGUGCAGCACCUUGUGAACUGGUUCAGGUGGUGCAUGUGAAUCAAACGUACUACCUAUUAUUUUGGAUGCUCUUCCAUAGCACCACUGAGUGCUAAUUUCAUUUGCAACAGCAAUCUUAGUACUUUCAUUUAGUUUUUUUUUUGUUCUUUUUAUUUACUUUUGUUCCUUGUAUAUAUUUAGCACCAUGCAUUUCCCUGUUGCAGUGCACCAUCUGCAGAUGGUGGCUUUUUUUUUUCUUGCUUGCUUUUUUUUAAAGGCAUCAUCAGUAUCGGCACAUAACACUGCUUCAUCUUCUCGGAAUGGUUAUGGAAGCCCUUGAAUACACUGAGGUUGUGAUGAACCAGAGAAAGGAACGGUGAUCCUUGAGGCCAUCUUGCACAGUUAUUUGCCAGGUUGAUACUAGGAGUGUUUUAAUAGUGACAUUUUAAAUUGAAUUGUACGUUGAUAUCAGAAGAGUACGGGCUUUGAAUACUGAAAUGACUGCUGAAUAUUUCUAUAGCUCUGAAAGUAUAAAAAGAAACGGCGAGAGAGGGUGGGUAGCACCUGCAUACAAAAAUAUAUCUUACUGUUACUUCCUUCAGUAUACAAAAUGCUAUCUUGAAAGUCUAUUUGACUAAGCCGCUUCUAAUGAGCAGGUUGUAAAAAUUACAAAAACUCGCAGCUGGCUUACAUUUGGAAUUUGUAGCCACUGGUUGACUGUGUGCAUGGAACGCUUUCAUCACUGGAAGGCUCUAGUAACUGCUGUGGCCCUGUAUAGUACAAUCAAAUUUAAUUAUAAAUAAAGUUGAAUGUCGAAUUCUUAUAUCAGAUCAUUCAGAAGAAAAGUGUUUGAUUUGUUCUCAAAACUUUUAAUAGUUGCAGCCCUCCUAGAUUGAAAGAUGUUCAAUUGUUUGUACCUUACGAAAUCAAAGAAAAAAAUAAGGAUGGGUGCUACAAGGUGCUAGUUAUCAAAAAGAAACAGCACAUUCGAUCGGAUUAGCUGAUGACUAUACACACUGGAAGGAUCAGUGGCAAUACCGAUGAAAAAUGUGCAAGUGAAGGGAAAUGACUUAAUGGUGUUGCCUUGUUUCUAGCUUUAAGUUUCUUUAGUUCAUCUCGUUGUUUGAAAUGCAAUUGGCAGGUGGUGCAUGCCUUGCAUUUAGCUUGAAAAGGGUGGUUGGACAGGCGGCGCGUGCGUGUGCUAGAAUUUGCAGGUUCUCUGAGAUGGGGAGGGAGUAACAUGACAAGGAAGUGAGCUAUGCACAGUGAAAGGAAGUAAACAGCAAAACGUUAAAGUGGCACGGUGCCAUUACUAGUUGUGCAGCCAUCUAGCAUGCUCUGCUUAAGCGUACUUUUGCAGAAGAUGCUGGAACUUGCACAGAUCUAACUUCUUUUUUUUUUUUUGUUAUCAACAGUGCCUUUUCAUAUUAAUUAAGUAACUCGCAGAUGUGAGCCAUCUAUGUGCCGCCUUUUGCACUAUUCUUAAAAAUAAACAUCGAGAGGAUUAGGCUAGCCAGCUUGACCAUGGCAUCAUUGCAGGAAACACAAACUGUGGUUGCAGAAAACGAAAAAACGGUGCUUGAAGGAUGUUCGUGUUGAUGAACACACUUCAAGCACCUCUUUCACAUUACUUCAACGGCUGAAGUCACAUGAUUGAGCGCAAGGUCCACUUCUACAGAGAAGCCGAGGAGCACAGAAGUAGGCAGAAGUGAAUUUCAGCUUCAUGUGUGCUUUUCAAUCUUUGAAUGAGUUUUCCGCUUCAGUGUGGCCUUUGAACGAGGUCUUACUUACAAAGGUCAACACGCUGUGCUUUUCCAACAAAAGAGGCAUCUUUGAACCCUUUAAAGCAGCAAUUGUUGUAGAACUUUCUUAUUCUCCAGAACUGACAAGCUGUGCUUCUGGUGCUUCUUUAGCAGUGGUGGCAGGCAGCUCUUGGUCCUUGGCCCAAUUGAAGCAAGAAGGCAAAGCAGCAACAUGGGAAAGGGUGCAGGAAAAAAAAUGAGAGAGAAAGAAGAUAAACUAAAGGGCCCCGUCAUGUGUAAGCAGGGGUAGUAAAUCUAAUGUGCGUAGCUUUGACAGAAAACAGAAACUAAGCAAUAAGUUUUGGAUGACUGAAGAAUGGGUGGGGAAAAAAGAAGAAAAGAAAGCCUUGGAAGGGUAAGAAGGAGGUGUUAAGUUAAAAGGACCCUGCAACACUUUUUCUUCAAAACUGAGAGCACAGUGGAUUGAGUGUGAUGCCUUUCAGUGAAUAUAUUCUUGAAGAAGAUUUUGCAACGAUUUAAUAAUAACAGAGCUAUAUAAUGAGCGCAAUGUUUGCUCCCUCAACUAGAACAUUUCCUCUCGGCUGCGGUGACACCGACAGCUAUGCCCUGCUCCCAUUGCUCCUUCCUUACUUUUCCUUCUUCUUGCGGUGCAGUUAUGGUAACCUUUCAAAGCUGGUGCCUGACAGAGGUGCAUAAGAGUGGUGAUUAAAGGAGGGGUGACAGGAUGACUAAAGUGCAUCAACAGUCGCUGUUUCCCGAUUUGCUAGAAGGAGGGGCGUGAAUGCAUGCAUUAGCUUUUACUCGCUGCAGAAACUUGUGAAUCUCCAAUGGCUGGCAUCUAUGGGCUGUUGUGCAGUCUGUUAUUUCAUUUGUGGCAGCAAAACAGAGGGCACCUGAAAAGCUGAGGAGAGAGAGAGAGAGCAAGUGACCUUUUAUACGAUACUACAGGCUCCCUGCUGCGUGCAUUGUAAUGAUAUUCGGCUUGCUUGUUUAUGGCAGCAUUGUCUACUGAUCACGGACAUAUUAUCGCCAUGUUCAAAGUGUUGGAGGGUGCCUUUAAGAAGAAAUGCUAGUAAGAAAAGAAAGCAGUUAAUAGUACGAAUGUGUCUGCACGAAAGUAAAGAGAAAAAAAAAAUGUCGACAAAAUUUAACCAUGUCACUUACUGUUGAUCAAUUCAAGUCUCCCAUCUUCCUUUGACUCCUUUGUCUUGUUAACUUAAUAUGGAUGCUUCCAACUUGAUGGUGUGGUUAGGUUGCUUUACAAAUGAGAAAGUUCUUUCAUUUUCUGUGUCUUUACAGCAAUAACACGAUAAUCAUGGGAACCAAAGACAACAUAUUGCUAUAUACUAUAUGUUAUUCAGGCAGUGCUUUUUAGCUUGGCACUGUUUAUUGACAUUAGUCAGCUGUGUACUUUUUAGGCAUAUCCAGAUACCUCUUCAGUUUCUUUUUCUUUUGUCAUUAUGGUAGUGAAACAACAGUCAUGUUUAUUUACAGCUGGAACAGGUGACAGCACAUCAUUCCUUAUGCAUUGCUUGUCCUUCUUUUACUGAUGUUGUAUCAAGCUUGUGUUGCACGCCUUUACUGAAGCUGUGAAUGCAUGCGCAGCUGUGAAUUCUAGUCGGUGGUUUAUUUCUCUGCUUUUUUUUUCUUUAUUGUUAGAAAUUAUGUUAGUCAAUAAUGUUCCUGUUUUUUACAUGUUUGAAUGAAUAUUCUCAAUAGCUGUGUUUGCAUCGAAUAUUUGCCAAUGACCACAACGAAUACAUAUUGGGGCAAGUUGUCCCCAAUCUUGAGAAAUAUGAUUUGAAAAGAAAGGGGCACAAAUCUGAGUCAUGCUUUAUACGUUGCAACAGUGUUUUUUCUUCUUUUUUGAUUGCUUCUUUCAAACUUCCUUAUGAAUGAUGGUUAUACCGGUGUCACACGGCAUACUUUUGAUCGCGAUCAAGCCCAAUCUGGAUCGAAUUUCUGGGUUGUAAUUGGCUCCUUUGCGCAAGCUGCGCGAGCGAGCCAAUUGCAGUAGAGAAUUUCGAUCCAGCUCGGGCUUGAUCACGAUCAACAGUUCGCCGUGUGACACCGGUAUUAGUCGUGUGUGUUGAGGUGGGGGAGGGAGGGGGUUGAUUCGUAUACCUCUACUGGCUCCCUUACGCCUAUGUUCUGUUCAUGUAUUUGUGUAAGUCUGCUUGGAUGGUUUAGCUUCUUGCUCAAUUUGAUUUUUCAUUGGUGCUAUCAUAUAUUGCUUCUGAAGCCGGAUGAACUUUAUGGACUUUGUGCAAGAUUGGGUAAUCAUUGUUUGUAUGGCUUCCUUGGGUUGCUGAUUAAUUGGUGAUAAAUAUAGCGAUAUAUAACUAUAGCUAUAACUAGGCUUCUGGUAUGUCACUGUAUUUUUGUAGGUUAGGCCAAUAUUUAGCAGUUUAUCUCUCUUCAAAAGAUCUGCAUGGCUAGUGCGUCACAUCAUGAAAAGGGCAAAACACAAUGAUUAUGAGAAAACUGUUGUAGGAAUAGCACAGAAAUAACAAUUAGAAAAGGUAAAUGUUUGCUCAUGAUAAGCAAGAAGAGCGAGCAGCACGGAUAUUUAAAUCUAAGUGAUAUGCCCCACCUUUCUUUUGUGUUUGUGCUAGCAUUAUACGUGGAAAGUCUGGAAAAUGCAAGCUUUCGUACUGUAGUGCAGUCAGUCGCAACCACAACAGGUUCUAGCAAUUAAAGCAAACUGGCGCAUGUUGGAAACGGUGCUUAUUCAUCCCAUCAUAAAACUAUGGUAUUGUAUGGCAUUGAAGUGAAAUAGAAGAGCAUCAUCUCCACAUUACUAUGCAGAAAGGUGUCAAAUUUCUUGACUCAUGGUUGUCAUGAGAUGAAGGUGCUUGUAUGACAGGAAGGAUAGGGAAUGUCAGUUGCACCAAAUCCAGUACCGAGGAGUGGGCCACUCUCUAAACAGACCUUAUCUUAUAAUAUUCCCCUUCCUUGCAAUUCCCAUUCCCAUGCAGACGUGCACUUAAUUAAGCAAAAAGAAAAGUUCAGUUUUCUAAAUAUUAUGUUUUGCUCUUUUGAAGUUACGGGUUUCUUUGAGCUUGUAGAGCAGGACUUUGUCCAAGUACACGAGGUCCUCAAUAUGCUAUUUCUGUCAGAGAAGUGCAGGGAGCAAGAAGCAUCAUUGUGUCUGCAAUAUUUCUACGGAUGUGCAACAUUUUUUAGAUAUUCUGCAAGUAUAUUUAGAUGUCUCUAUACUUUAUGAGUGUCAUUUCUUUUUAUUUUCACUGCUACGCUUUUCUGGGCAGGUUUAGAUGGUCAGUACCUUUAUUUUAAUGUGUCUCGUGUUCUAUGACCACAGUGAUGGAAUGGCAUCAUCACGCCCCUAGUGGAAGGGAGUUCAGCAUUACAUAAAGUGCCCAGAAACUAAACCUCCCCGCCUCCCACCCUCUUUUUUUUCCUUCUCAGUUUCAUCUGGUUUGUGUUGUUUAUCCAAACACAACAUAUUGCGUACUGACAUCUGUGCUCACAGAAAAGAAACCCCAAGAGCUCAGGGUCCACUUUUUAGAUUAUAUUGAUACAUAGAGUUGCUGUUAUCAAAGGUGUUUUACCGUUUUUCUUUGUUUAAUCCUUUCUACACCACAAACUAGUCCUGCUCCUCAGCUACCACUGGUGUCAAGCUAAUUUUUAAAUGUUUUAAACCUUGUCUUAUGUACUAAUGGCAGGGGACACCUGUGUAUUUUCUUUUCUAGGUUUACUCUACAGUAACAAGGGCUUUAUUUCAUUUCAUUUUCAUGCCUGGCUCUCUGCCGCAUUUUGUCAGCCAUGGUAACGGUGGCCCUUCAAGUGCAGUACAGAUAUGUUUAAUACGAGCGGGCUGUGUCUCCGAUUUUCUUUACAGCUGUCGUAUUGGCUCAACACCUCCAGUACACAGUAUUUGCUCUGUGUGUACACUGCAUAAAGAUAUAGACACUCUUGUAAUUACUUUUCCCUCUUUUAGUAUUAUGUGCCAAAAAUUCAAUGCUGUCUUGAUGGCUUUUGGUCAUCGCUCGUACGGCAUCUUUUGCUGCAACAAUAAUUUUAUAAAAGCAUCAGUACAACGCUGAAGUUGAGUUGGAGACCUCAUUUGAAGUCUCGUCAACUUGCACUAAUUCAAACUACUGAGGAUUGUACACUGCUGUUUGUGUUCUUAAAAGUUUGGGUUAUUCAGAGUUAUAUACAGUAUUGUCCAAAAUAUAAUUUUAUGAAACCAGUAACUUAUUCACAGUAGCUCAGAAAUGUGCAAAAUAUUUCUGCGAGGUACAAGAGUGGGUGAUCAGCGACCGCCAAAUUCUCUGGUCGAGAAGACAAAGUUCUGCGUGGCCAUAUCCACAUUAUUAGAGCCAUGAAUUUGCAGCCAAAUUUAUAGAGCCAUUCUAUAGCAUUGUCGAUUGACAUAUCAAAUGUUACAUGAGAAAGGAAGACGGGUAAAAAUGGCUCUCUUAUUUAUGCUGCUGCUUUAUUUGUGCUUAAAUCUUGCACAGAAAUGGUGCUGGCUGUCACUUUUCUGGCCAGAAAGUCGGGGAAAGUAUUCCUUGAUCAUAAUUUCUAUUGGCAUCUUCUUUGUAAUAGUGCAGCAACAAAUAAUCACCUAGCCUGCUUGAGCUAAUGAGGAAUCACUGCAUUUAUUGCAGCCUUGACUCCAGAAUGGUGGUGCCAUCUAUCACUAUUCUGGCAAGAUGCAGUGCGUGCUGUGCUUUGCUUGAACAACCAUGGCACACUUUCAAAUUUUGGGGCGCUUACCCCCACAUCUAGAGGAGAUGUCAUCUUUAGUGAUAUAUGCCGGUGGGAUCAAUCGCCACAGACAUGGUGUGGUUGAGAUUGAUUCUUUGUGAAAUAGGCGAGUGUCUCAUCCCAGACGUAGUAAUAAACAAAACACACGACAAAAUGCUAUUGCCAUGUGAAAUUCAAGAAGGAACAAGCUAACGCUUUAGCUGGAGGAGCCCUUUCUAUUUGCGUCUUUAUUCACUCAUUCAAUAAUAGGACACCAAAGAAAUUAAGGGGAGCUAAAUUGGAGGAUUAAGAUUCAGUAAUAACGAAUUUGCUAUUUGUAGUGAGAACAGCACUUUUGAAAGUGAGAAAAUUACGAAAAUGGCAAAUUGGAGUUGUGCCACCCUGUUUUAGACUUUGGUAUCUUUCGUGUGACGUCAGCACUGGCUGAUUCACAGAGAGAGGCGGAGAGGAAGGUCACAUGGGGGAUUGUCAACUUGUUCGGUUGGUGCGGGCAGUUCAAAUUGAGGAACAGGAGCAAGAUCUUUGGUGGCGAUUUACCGUGCAACACGGUCACAUAUUGGCACAUAAAAAAGAAGUGAUGGACUUUUAGACGAAUGAUCUGUUCAUCUAACUUGGCUUAGUAUUUUGUUUUAGUGUCCUUUAAUUGUGCAUCCUGAAUACCUCAUUCGACAGUUACGUUCCCUGCAACGAACACCUCUACAACCAAAUUACCUGUAUGACGGAGAAAUAAUUCUGUCCAGGUUAUAAUGCAAGCGGUGCAUUGUGCGACCUUUACAACCAAUUGACCUGUAUAAUGAAUGAUUUCGGAGGCCCCAAGCACUUAGUUACAAAGGCAUUUGACUGUAUUCAGGCGUUUCGAGUGUCCAUUCAUCAUUCCUGUUUUUAGCUGCAUUGAUCUAACUCAAGAAGCCAAAUGGUCAGUGCCAUUAAAGUGUAAAUAAAUAGUGCAAGUAUGUGAAUAAACGUUAGAAUUGAUAAGAACUUGGAAAAAACGUUUGGAAAUAGCUGCUAGCAUUGCACUACAAUGGGAAAGCUCAUAUCUACCUAGCAUAAUAAGCAGGUUCCAGUGCUGACACACUAUAGUGUUAACACAGAUGCUUCUUAUUUUUCUUUAUUGCGUAAAAGUUUUCUUCGAUAUCCAUAAAUUAUACAUCACAAUUAUUGUUUUGUGUGAACAAGAACUGCAGUGUUCUUGCAACCUGGGCUGGCUACGCUCCGCAUGUGUGUUCUAGAGUGCCCUUGCUUUGCACGCAGGUACCUUGAAAGUGGGUAUUUCGUGUUGCAUUAAUUAAUCAGGCAAGUAUUCGAAUGGCAUGGCAUUUGAGGCCCUCAGCCAGCUUGUGUACUUUUGCAAGCAAACUAAACAUUACGAUCAGGGUGAUUUCAACAAAAACAGUACACAAGUAUUGUGGUCGCAGUUGGUUAAAUGAUAUGGCAUGGUUGGUUUUUGCCUGCCAUUUGGAAAAUGGACUACAGUUUAUUGAACCUAUCAUAAUAACCAUCUUUUCUGGUCGCAUUCUGGUCUAAUUGUCCUGUUUGCAUUUUGAUUGUCCUUGGUAAUGUGCUACUGCCAUGGUGCGAUAGGUCUGAAUGCUGUGAGUUCCUUGUUCUUUUCAAAUCGUUCAUGUUGAUAAGGCACAUAGUGGUGUAAUAAAACUCUCAUGUGGGAGUCAUGCGCAGUCGUGCGAGUUGUUACAUAACUAGCCAUGUAAUUUACUAGAGGGUAAGAAUCUCUUGUCACCAUGUCAUAAGUGGCUAUGAGAGAUUAUUUCUACUGAGGCCAAUCAUAUGUUUUUGUUCAUGCACUGUAUAUUGUGUAUCCUGCAAUAAAUGCACGUGUUCCAUUA